CAGAACUAGGAAAAUACAAAUGUGACGACUGACGGUUUAUUUAUUUCGAUCAGAAUUAGGAACCAGCGAAGCAGAACUGCUACUAUAAUGGUGAUGAUAGCGUUUAUGGUGACAAAAUUGUACAUUCCCAAUCAUUAAUUAAUAACAAGAAUAGAAAAAUUGAAUAUAUUUUGCUUCGAUAAUACUCAAGUACCAAAUGCUUCGAUUAAAUCAUCUUUGUUCGUCAAUUUUCAGCGCCUAUAAAAUCUCAAAUAAAACCCUAGAUUUUUCCACCAAGAAGUUUAGAUCACAAAUGGAAAAUUACACCACUUGUUCUGAAUCUUCUUCUUCUUCUUCUUCAAAGUUGUUAUUUCGUCAACUCUUUGAGAAGGAGUCAUCUACAUAUACGUAUCUACUUGCUGAUUUGACUCACCCUGAUAAACCGGCUUUGUUGGUUGAUCCAGUAGACAAAACAGUAGAGAGAGACAUUUCUUUGGUGGGAGAAUUAGGAUUGAAGCUAAUUUACGCUAUAAACACUCACGUACACGCUGAUCAUGUCACUGGAACUGGCUUGUUAAAGAAUAAGGUUGAUGGUGUGAAAUCUAUUAUCUCGAAAUCCAGCAAUUCAAAAGCUGAUUUGUUUGUUGAUCAUGGUGAUAAAAUACAGAUUGGUAACCUUUUUCUAGAGGUCCGCGCUACUCCUGGUCAUACAUUAGGUUGUGUUACAUAUGUUACGGGAGAUGGGCCUGAUCAGCCGCAACCAAGGAUGGCUUUCACUGGUGAUGCCCUCUUGAUACGUGGAUGUGGGAGAACAGAUCUUCAGGGAGGAUCUUCAUCUCAGCUCUAUAAGUCGGUCCAUUCACAGAUAUUCUCUCUGCCUGAGAACACGCUUGUGUAUCCGGCGCAUGACUACAAAGGAUUCACUGUAAGUACUGUGGGAGAGGAGAUGCUUUAUAAUCCUAGGCUAACAAAAGAUGAGGAAACAUUCGAGAAUAUCAUGCAAAAUCUAAAACUAUCAUAUCCAAAAAUGAUGGAUGUAGCAGUACCUGCUAAUAUGGUCUGUGGGUUACAAGAUGUAACUAAACCUUUAUCAGAUGAGUAAGCAUGCAUGUUGGGCAUUCGGCACAAAUUGUAACUACAUUUUCUAAUCUGAAAAAGGUUCUACAUGAACUCUGACCAAUUCUCAUCACCAGCUAUGUGACCAGUUCUCAUCCUCUAUUAUGAGUUAUUACGUUAGGAUGAUUAUUUUUAUCAGACUGCCCACGUGUGAAAUAUGAUUUUCUUAAAACUUUGGGAUGUUAUACACAGUUUAUUUCUUUGAAAUGAAGACUAUAGUUUGCUG